AGGAUUUAGCAGCCGCAGCCCCGCUGGCUUACUGUACACAUAACAUGAUCCAGGACAGCAGGACCAAGCCAGCACUUGCAGCCUGAGCCCACUGCAGACCGACCUGGCAUCCUUGACAAUGCUGCCCACCCUGUGCACCUGUCUCCUCUGGCUGUCUACCAGUGGGCUCUGGACCGUCCAGGCUAAGGGCUCUGGCACUGACGUGAGCACAAGGAACCCUCACAGGGACUUGGCUCCAAACAAUGUUGACUUUGCCUUUACCCUGUAUAAGCACUUAGUGGCCUCAGGUCCAGGCAAGAAUGUCUUCAUCUCCCCUGUGAGCAUCUCCACGGCCUUAGCUAUGCUGUCCCUGGGCGCCAGAGGCUACACACGGGAGCAGCUUCUCCAAGGCCUGGGCUUCAACCUCACUGAGAUGUCCGAAGCUGAGAUCCACCGGGCCUUCCGGCAUCUCCACCACCUCCUCAGGGAGUCAAACACCACCUUGGAAAUGACCAUGGGUAAUGCCUUGUUCCUUGACCACAGCCUAGAGCUUCUGGAGUCAUUCUCAGCAGACACCAAGCACUACUAUGAGCUGGAGGCCUUGACCACAGAUUUUCAGGACUGGGCAGGAGCCAGCAGACAAAUCAAUGAGUAUAUCAAGAAUAAGACACAAGGGAAAAUUGUGGACUUGUUCUCGGAGUCAGAUAGCUCGGCCAUGCUCAUCCUGGUCAACUACAUCUUUUUUAAAGGCAUGUGGGCACACUCCUUCGACCUGGAAAGCACCAGAGAAGAGAACUUCUAUGUGAACGAGAUGACCACAGUGAAGGUGCCCAUGAUGUUCCAGUCGAACACCGUCAAGUACCUGAACGACUCGGUGCUCCCCUGCCAGCUGGUACAGCUGGACUAUACGGGCAAUGAGACUGUCUUCUUCGUGCUCCCAGUCAAGGGGAAGAUGGACUCGGUCAUCACCGCGCUGAGCCGGGACACCAUUCAGAGGUGGUCUAAGUCCCUAACCAUCCGGUUCCUCUGUCCAUGGGAUUUUCCAGCCAAGAAUACUGGAGUGGGUUGCCAUUUCCUCCUCCACGGGAUCUUCCUAACACAAGGAUCAAACUCGUGUCUUCUGCAUUGCAAGUGGAUUCUUUACUGCUUGAGCCAUUGAGAAAGCCCCAUAUGUUUGGUCAAUAGUAGGGACCCAUUUGCCAGUUUUUCUGGUCAACUGUCCCAUCUCUACCUCACCCUCACCCCUUGAAGGGACUCUAUAAUUCAGGUACAGCCCCACCAGGUGGUGAUAAUGCUCUGUGAUUCAAAUUCAAAUCCCUGAUGUGUUGAAAAUAAGACAAAGGAUACCCUUUCUCUUUACUUCAAAAAUAAUCUCUAAAGUAAAAUACUUAAAACAGCAUUCAUCAGUAACAUGUGACAUCUUCUUCUAGAUUUUUAAAAAAUAAACAUUCAAGGUAAAACUUUGCACCUUUAGACAUCAUAUGUGAUUGGACAUCUACUUUAUCCCAAUGAUGUCACCCACGGCUCCUCACCUGCACACUCACGUGGCCACUCCUCACUCCUCCCCACUCCCAGCGUCACUGCCCCUUCCCCACCAUGCUCUCCAAUGCAUCCGAGCUCAGCAGCCUUCAGAGCCCAGCUGAUACCCCACCUCCCACUGGAAGCCCCUGGGCCCUACUCAUGAGGUGCUCUCUCGAGAGCCUUCCCCGGGGUCCCCUUGCUCGGCUGUCACCUGCCUGCUGCCGGCAGGUCAUGGGGACAGCUCUCAGGGUGGGGCGAUGGGGCUCCGAAGCAACGAGUCCUGGUUUCUUCACAGUCCUGCUGCUUCCCAGGGGUGUGACUUUGGAGAAAUUCCUCCGCCCCUCUUUAAGUUUUAGUCUCUCAAUCUGGAAAUUGAAGAUGUUGACUCCACUUUGUAAGGUUGCACAGAUUAGGCGAGGUAAAGGAGGUCAGGAAGGUGAGCCAGGAGCUGCCUGGUAUGGGUCUGCCUCCCUUACCUUCUGUUGCUCUUUCUCAUCUAGAUAAGUCCCACAUCUCGUUGGCCUUGGAUUCCUCCCCAGUUCCUCAGGUUGCCAGCCUCCAGGCCUCCCCAGGGUGGCUUGUGCUCAGUGGAGAGAAGCUCUCCAGCCUUCCUUUCCCCAAUGGACAGCGCGCGCCCUAUCACUGACUUCAGGGUUUCAGGCAUCUUCUCUCCCCCGUGUGGUGUAGAUGAGGGCAAGCACAGACAGGGAUGGGACUUGGCUAAAACCACACAGCAUGGCUGGGGCCAGGACCGCUGCUCCCAGCUGCCUGUUCCCUCCACUCCUCUGUUUCUCCCAGGGGAUGCUUGGGGACCACAGGACUUUUUUUUUCUUUUUAAAAUUAAAGUACAGGAUGAGAUGGUUGGAUAGCA